AUUCGGGAACUUCAAGGAUCUGAACCGACCCAGCCUGAGGGGGAAAGUGCUGAGAACACGUGUUUAUCAGUGGCCGUACGCCUGUGACAGCUAGAGACUCAGACCCUAUCACAAUGGCGGAUGGGAAUGAGCAAAGUGGGUUGCAGCUCACACCAAGGUUUCCCGUCAUUGACGGUGGGAUUUGGAAAAGAAUCAGCUCUGUCAAAAGUAUUGACUUGCACAAGACCAAGCCAUUGCUCAUUUUUUGCUCUCAAGGACAGCCUCAAAUAUGGAACUACGAAACCGGUGAGAGGGUUGCAGAUUUCAGCUCGGAUGCAGGAUGCCGUCACGCUUGUCAACCAGAAGGAGCAUUCUUUUUUGAGGAUGAUAAGUUUGUGAUGUUUGACGGUUGUACCAUCCGUGUUUGCAGAAGGAAGGUAUUGAACACCACCGGUGACCGUUACUGUUUGGAGUACAUUAGCGAGGUAAAGGCACAUAGCCUUGGUAUUAAGGUGGUUGCCGUGGAUUCCGUGAACCGGCUUGUAGUGUCAUAUAACGAUUUCCUGUUGAGCGAUGCAAAGCUGUGGUUAUGGAAGCACAGCAAGAAUGCAUUCCAAUUCGGACGGGCAAUCGACAUGGAUCAUACGAUUAGAGGUGUGGCAUUUACCGCAUCAUAUUUUGCUAUCCUUUAUCGACGUUUUGUCCAGAUAUGGAGCACUUCCACCCUCACCCUUCAUCAGGACCUCACCGAUGAUGGUGAGCACAAUAGCGCAGUAGAGUUCUGCAGGGACCCCAACAAGCCCCUCUUGGCCGUUGGCACCUACACGGAUUUUCCUCACUCUAAACGGUUUUUCCUCAAGGUGUGGGACUACAGCACAAGGACAUGCAUGGCCACAAAAUUGCAAGGCCAUGACGACGAAAUCACUAGCAUUGUUUGGUCUGAAUACAUCUUCUCGGCAUCAGAGGAUGGCUACAUCGUGGUUUGGAAUGGAUCGAACUUUCAGGCAUUGCGACGCUGUCUCAGUGGAUUGAAAGGGAGGCUCAUGCUUGCGCUGGGCCCUGGCGGAAAGGUGUGUCCUGAUGCGCUCAUUGUUGGAGGUGAUGGAGGUAUUGUUGUGCUGGAUGUGAGACAUCAGACCAAAGCAUCGGGAAAGGAGCAGCUUGAAGAAAGAAUCCACGAGCUCGAGAAGCAGCUUGAAGAAAGAACCAAGAAUGACAAGAAGCAAGCAGAGAGAAUCCAAGAGCUCGAGAAGCAGCUUGAGGUGUACCGUAGGGGUACAGGAGGUGAAGUGCAAGACUAGAAAAAAGGCCUGCGAGGCUGCGAGUGAGAAGUCGAGAACUGGUGAGGUCGUCAAAAACAGACUCCGAGCAUGACAGUAA